CCGGGAGCCACUACCCAGCGGCCGGCCGGCGCAGCUUGGAGCUGAGUCCCGGGGACUUGGGGCCGCAGGGAGGCUGUGAGCACCAAGGAAGCGACCCUGCCUGACCUGGAGUCAUCUGUCUGUCUUUCCAUCUGUCUCUGCAUCCAGCCACCUCUCCACAGAGCUGGGACUUGACCCCAGAGCAUCUCUGGAGAGUGAGGAAAGGACUAGAACAUGCUCUAAAGUCCUCAGCAACAAGACCCAGGGAACUGCGAGCUCAGCCCACAGCCUGAAGCUGCCCCGCCCCCUCGCCCACCAUGGCCUCCGAUGACAAGAAUGGCGCGAGGGUCUCCUCUGUGUCCAGCAGCCGCUUGCAGAGCCGCAAGCCGCCCAACCUGUCCAUCACCAUCCCUCCGCCCGAGACCCCGGCCCCCAGCGAGCAGGCCAGCAUGCUGCCCCAGGAACCCGGAGGGCAGAGGCCCAAGAACCCAGGCCUCCUGAAGAGCGUCAGCCUCCAGGAGCCGCGAGGACGAUGGCAGGAGGGCAGCCCGGAGAAGCGCCCUGGCUUCCGCCGUCAGGCCUCCCUGUCCCAGAGCAUCCGCAAGGGCGCGGCCCAGUGGUUCGGGGUCAGCGGAGACUGGGAACUGAAGCGGCAGCACUGGCAGCGCCGGAGCCUUCACCACUGCAGCGUGCGCUACGGCCGGCUCAAGGCCUCGUGCCAGCGGGACCUGGAGCUCCCCAGUCAAGAGGUGCCCUCCUUCCAGGACACCGAGUCUCCAAAGCCCUGCAAGAUGCCCAAGAUCGUGGACCCCCUGGCCCGAGGACGGGCAUUCCGCCACCCAGACGAGGUGGACCGGCCCCAUGCCCCGCACCCACCGCUGACCCCCGGGGUCCUUUCCCUCACCUCCUUCACCAGUGUCCGCUCCGGCUAUUCCCACCUGCCCCGCCGCAAGAGGAUCUCUGUGGCCCACAUGAGCUUUCAAGCUGCUGCAGCCUUGCUUAAGGGGCGAUCAGUGCUGGAGGCCACGGGACAGCGGAGCCGGGUGGUCAAGUGCAGCUUUGCCUACCCCAGCUCUCUGGAGGAGGACGUGGUUGAUGGGGCGGAGACAUUCGACUCCUCAUUUUUUAGUAAGGAAGAAAUGAGCUCCAUGCCCGAUGACGUGUUUGAGUCGCCCCCACUCUCCGCCAGCUACUUCCGGGGGAUUCCGCACUCGGCCUCCCCUGUCUCCCCCGAGCAGGUCCCCCUGAAGGAGUCCAGCCGAGCCCCGGCGCCCCCCACCAAACGCGGCAAGCGCAUCGCCUCCAAGGUGAAGCACUUUGCCUUCGACCGGAAGAAGCGGCACUACGGGCUGGGCGUGGUGGGCGCCUGGCUGAACCGCACCUACCGCCGCAGCAUCAGCAGCACCGUGCAGCGGCAGCUGGAGAACUUCGACAGCCACCGGCCCUACUUCACCUACUGGCUGACCUUUGUCCACGUCAUCAUCACGCUGCUGGUGAUCGGCACGUACGGCAUCGCGCCUGUGGGCUUUGCCCAGCACAUCACCACGCAGCUGGUGCUCAGGAACAAAGGUGUGUAUGAGAGCGUGAAGUACAUCCAGCAGGAGAACUUCUGGAUCGGCCCCAGCUCGAUCGACUUGAUCCACCUGGGAGCCAAGUUCUCACCUUGCAUCCGGAAGGACCAACAGAUCGAGCAGCUCGUGCUGCGGGAACGAGACCUGGAGCGGGACUCAGGCUGCUGUGUCCAAAACGACCAUUCGGGCUGCAUCCAAACCCAGAGGAAGGACUGCUCGGAGACUCUGGCCACUUUCGUCAAGUGGCAAGAUGAUACGGGGCCCCCCAUGGACAAGUCUGAUAUGGGCCAGAAGCGGACUUCUGGGGCUGUGUGCAACCAGGACCCCAGAACCUGCGAGGAGCCGGCCUCCAGCGGUGCCCACAUCUGGCCCGACGACAUCACCAAGUGGCCGAUCUGCACGGAGCAGGCCGAGAGUAACCGCUCGGGCUUCCCGCACAUGGACUGCCAGAUCCGGGGCCGCCCCUGCUGCAUCGGCACCAAGGGCAGCUGUGAGAUCACCACGCGGGAAUACUGUGAGUUCAUGCAUGGCUAUUUCCACGAGAAGGCCACGCUCUGCUCCCAGGUACACUGCUUGGACAAGGUGUGUGGACUGCUGCCCUUCCUCAACCCCGAGGUCCCCGAUCAGUUCUACAGGCUCUGGCUGUCUCUGUUCCUCCACGCUGGCGUGAUCCACUGCCUCGUGUCUGUGAUUUUCCAAAUGACCAUCCUGCGUGACCUGGAGAAGCUGGCUGGCUGGCACCGCAUCUCCAUUAUCUUCAUCCUCAGCGGCAUCACCGGCAACCUCGCCAGCGCCCUCUUCCUCCCAUACCGGGCGGAGGUGGGGACUUGGGGCCCUCUGGGGACUGGGCGGGGUGGGGCUAGCCCUGCUACUUCCCCGCCCCCUCCACCGCCACCACUACCCAACCCGGGUCGGCCAGAGGGAUACACAGCCCCUGCCAUUUCAGGCUCAACAGUCAAGGGACAGCUAAUCUGGGGGCUUCCUGGCCAGUUCCUUAGUCUGUUCUUGGGCACAGGGGAGCAGCGAUGCCCCUGGGUCGUGUAUAGAGAUCACCUCCAGAAAGACCUUCCUGGCCACCCCACCCCACUCCUGCUUCAUUUCUCUCUUUCAGUGUCUGUCCCCGCCACGUGCGCUGCCCAGAGCANGAAGGCCUUCCUGAACCUGUCCGCCAUCGUGCUCUUCCUCUUCAUCUGCGGCCUCCUGCCCUGGAUCGACAACAUCGCUCACAUCUUCGGCUUCCUCAGCGGCCUCCUGCUGGCCUUUGCCUUCCUGCCCUACAUCACCUUUGGCACAAGCGACAAGUACCGCAAGCGUGCCCUCAUCCUGGUGUCGCUGGUGGUCUUCGCCGGCCUCUUCGCCUCGCUGGUCAUCUGGCUGUAUGUCUACCCCAUCCACUGGCCCUGGGUCGAGUACCUCACCUGCUUCCCUUUCACCAGCCGCUUCUGCGAGAAGUACGAGCUGGACCAGGUGCUACACUGACCGCCUGCCCGGCGGGGCCAGCACGGCUGCUCCCACCCACCUCGGAGGACACGGGGGCUGUGUCUGGACCGAGCUGUCCACCUGCACAGCGCCCCCCCACACACCCCAGAGACCCCAUGGGGCCGGCCCUGCUCCCAGGAGCUCCCUCCCCCAGGAGAGACGGAGUCCGAGGGGAGACGCUCCUAAAGGCAGGCUUCUCGGGGGGCCAAGGCCCCCCUUCCUCGGGCCCAGGCUGGGGGACACUCGGAGCCCGUGCAUCUCUGCAGCUCGGGGCCCAGGCCCUGACAUUCCCCCGCUGCCGGGCCGUCGGGACCCCUCCUGGGGGGGUGCUCCUUUCUUCCAGGGUCCUGGGCUGCUGCUCAGCCCCUACCUCCGGCUCCACUGGUACAGUCCCCGCCCCGCCCUGUUACUGUGAGCGAGCUCCUCCUGAGGAUGAGGCUGGGGUUCCCGCCGGGUUACCAACCCUGCCUGGGCGCGGCCCCCUGCCCGUUGCCCCUCCCCUCUCGGCCCUGUGUGUCCAUGCCUGGCUUCCAUCAGUGGCCCGGUGAGCCUCCCCAUUACACUCCUGAACCAGACCUCAUGGGGGAAGGCUUUGGCCGUGGUGUGGGGCACAGGAGGAGCAAAGAGACACAGCUAGACUGGGAAGCUGAGAGCCUGGGCUGUUAUCCAACAGAAGCUGAACCCACCAGCCCACCCCAGGGCCCCCAGUCCCUCCCAGCCAGCCCUUCCCUGUGUUCAGCCUCGUGGGGCUGGACGGAUGCCAACCAGCUCCCCACCCUCUGCCUCACUUCUGCCAAGAAAGGAGCAGGGCCACCCCGUGGACCUGUGCCCAGGGGUUGCCCAAGGUCAAUCAGGACUUUUUUUUUUUAACCAAUUUAUAUCAUGGUCCUAACUUUUUAAGGUAACGCUAACUUUGUAUGGACAAUGUCUGAAAUGGAUUAAAUGAUAUUCUUUAAGAAAGGA